AUGUUGUUGAUCGGUGAUUCCGGUCAGUCUUUCCCCCCCGCUGGUGGACGUGGGGUGUUGUGAGAGGCGAGGGCUGAUGAAUGAUGAGACUCUUUCCCCCCUCCCGCUCGAACCGCUUUGCUCGCAUCACACGUCGUUCGUCACCAAAUGUUCGUGAUCGUCAAAUCUGCGCGCUUUCAUCUAUUCGCAACGUCGGACCGCUAUCGCCCGUCUACCUACACGAUUCGAAAUUAUCGGCGAAAACGCACGCCACGCUGCACGCGUCUCUCCCGUCGAACGCUUCACCCACAACCGAUGACCAAACCCCACCUAUUCUCCCCUCCGACGCACCACACUAUUCAAACAAAAACCAGGUGUGGGAAAAUCGUGCCUGUUGCUGCGUUUCUGCGACGACGCGUGGACGCCGUCCUUCAUCACCACGAUCGGGAUCGAUUUCAAGAUCCGUACGAUCGAGCUCGAUGGCAAGCGAAUCAAGUUGCAGAUCGUACGUCACUGUUCAAGAGGUUUACUCCUCUCGUGGGGGUUUAGGAGAAAUCUGGGGGGUGGGGGGGAGGGGGAAGACCAAAAAGUCUGAUACCGAGAGUUUGUAUGUCGCUUGUUGCGCAGUGGGAUACGGCCGGACAGGAACGCUUCCGAACGAUCACGACCGCGUACUAUCGCGGCGCGAUGGGUAUCUUGUUGGUUUACGACGUCACCGACGAGAGGAGUUUCAACAGUCAGUUUUGGGACUCGAUGCCUUUUCCAAAGGAAUGCCUUUUGAUGGGGAGUUCUGUUCGUGCUUUGCACAGACAUCCGAACGUGGCAUUCGAACGUUGAACAACAUGCGAGCGAGGGAGUCAACAAGAUCUUGAUCGGCAACAAGUGCGAUUGGUCCGAUAAGAAGGUGCGUCCGUUUAGGGAACGGGCGAGUCAAUAAGCAGAAUCGAUGUUGAUUUCUUCCUUGGGGCGGUAGGUCAUUACGGAACAACAAGGCCAAGAACUCGCAGACGAGUUGGGCUUGCGGUUCCUCGAGACUUCGGCCAAGACCAACAUCAACGUCGAGGAAGCCUUUUUCGCUUUGGCCAGGUCGGUUCAUUCCCCUAUAUCUUACACACUGUUGGGACCACCCACUCAAUAGCCUGCUUUCCUCGCUUGACGCCACUUGCAGGGACAUCAAAGCGCGAUUAAUCGACACGGUCGGUACCGACGGCGCCGGAGGCUCGAACGGUGGCAACGGCGGGUCGAGCAACAGCGUAGGGUUGAACGAAGCAGGGGGACAGUCCAAGAGUGGGUGUUGCUAG